CCGAUGCGCAGGCGCAGUGUCCCGGCGGCGGACACUGUGUUUCCAAAAUGGCGGCGGCGAUGGAUGUGGAUACCCCCAGCGGCACCAACAGCGGCGCGGGCAAGAAGCGCUUCGAAGUGAAAAAGUGGAAUGCCGUAGCCCUCUGGGCCUGGGAUAUUGUGGUUGAUAAUUGUGCCAUCUGCAGGAACCACAUUAUGGAUCUUUGCAUCGAAUGUCAGGCCAACCAGGCGUCCGCUACUUCGGAAGAGUGCACGGUUGCGUGGGGCGUCUGUAACCAUGCUUUUCAUUUCCACUGCAUCUCUCGAUGGCUCAAAACGAGGCAGGUGUGUCCACUGGACAACAGAGAGUGGGAAUUCCAAAAGUAUGGACAUUAGGAAAGAUUCUCCCAUAAAGCUUAUCCGUUUGUUACUCCUUUAGUGACUUGCCUUCCCGUUAACUAUAAAUUAGAUAGAGCCAUGGUUUUUGUUUCUGUUUUGUUUUUCCUUUCCUUUGUCUUUGGAGUUUGCUGUUCCCGCAGCCAUAUUGCAUUUUGUGUCAAAUAAAGUCAUUAAGUUGGAGAAUGGUUGCUGUCUUAUGUAUGUGGAGUGAUCUGAGAAGCAGCCUCUUCAAAGCCAGAAAACCAACCUGGAAAAGUACACUGUUGCUCAGCAGAACAGAGCUGUCCUGCAACUACAUCAUCACAAGGUCACAAGGAACCUGUCAAAGUGUGGGUCGCUAGCACCCGGAAACACCUCAGGCUCUGUCUUCCUUCUGAGAUAGCACCAGGCAGCUGAAUGAGGAAGGACGUGGCAGCCCUGGAUCAGCCAGGUCGGCUCUGGGCUUCUCUCACGAGGGAGUCCAAGAACAAGUUAAUGGUAUCACAUGGGCACAGAAAAGCUUGGGAAGCUCCAACACUGCAGCUCGGGGCUGGUUGUGCAUGACAUGUGGCAUUCUCCAGAACAAAGCUUUACAAACAUCCUACUGUGUAACUUUGCCUGGCACUAGAGUAAUCUUAAGAAUUGAUGUUUGGACAGUUUGAAUAUAUAUGCCUGUAAUCCCAGGUACUUGGGAAUCAGUUAGAAGGAUUCCCUGAGUCCAGGAGACCUUGUUUCUAAAACAGAAAUUUCAGUUUGGGGCUGAGGGCUAUAGCUCAGCGCAGGGUUCAGUUGCUGGCAUAACUAAGGAGAACAAUUCAGAUUGAGUUAACAAGCACUCGGGUCUCCUUUAAACAUGCUGGCCAUGGGAGGACUUGCCAUGCUGGUGCUGAGGCAGUGCCUGCAGCCUCUUCUGAGAAGCUUCUGUUGCUGUGGUUUUCAUGUGGCUAAUGGUUCUUCAGAGGUCCCGACAUCCUUCCCUCCUCCAGCGCAAUUGCAGGUGAAAGGAAGUCACUUACUUCCAGUCAAAGCAGUGGUCAGAUGUCGAAGAUCUGAGACUCCCAACUGUCUUCUGUUAGGCAGAAAAAAAUUGCCAAAAAUGUGAAACAAAUGCUGUGGUUUUUGUUGUUUUCAAAGUUAAUUUUAAUAAAGAUAUGUUAAUAUAUGA